ACCACACCCCCUCCCCUAUUUCUCGAUAGUCAAAACUUUCUUGAUUGCCCUCUUUUGAAUCAUAUCUUGCUUCCUGUCGCAAAAUAAAGUCGUCUGUGCGAAAUUAUAGCUUGGAUCACUGUCUCUGUCUGUGUUGGAGUUGUUUCUGUAGAGUGUAAAGUAGGCUGAGCAGACCCGAGUGAGGGAGAAAAUGGGUCAUGCAGCUUCGAAGCACGAGAACCCGGAUGAGUCAGCGGACACUUCUGGGGCCACGACAUCAAGAAUUGCGAAACUCCGGCAGCGCCUCCACCGUCACCGUCCCCACUUCCGCCGCCACCACCGUGACACGAGUUCAGAGUCCACCAUGCGCAAACUACUCAAGGAGGGAGACUUCGCCGGAAUCGCUUUCCUCCGCAUCAUCGGCGCGAAGAUGAAAUUCAAGGACAAAUGGCUUGCAUGUGUUUCUUUUGGUGAACAGACUUUCCGAACCGCUAUCUCUGAUGACACGGACCAACCUGUCUGGGGUUCUGAGAAAAAGCUUCUUUUGGAAAGAAAUGGGGCACAUGUUGCAAGAAUAUCUGUAUUUGAGACUAACAGAAUGUCCAAGAACAAUCUUAUUGGUUUCUGUGAGAUUGAUUUAUAUGAUUUUCUUACUCGGGAUUCAGAUUCUGACAUUGAGGAUUAUGGCCUAUUAGAUCCAGCAUCUUCUGGAGGAAUUGUUGGCACUAUAACCGUGUCUUGUUCCAUUGAGGACCCAAUGGAAACAGAAAUGAGUUUUGCAAGGCGUAUUUUGUCUAUAGUGGAUUACAAUGAAGAUGGAAGUCUUUCGUUUAACGAAUUCUCCGACUUAAUUGAUGCAUUUGGCAAUCAACUGGCUGCCACCAAGAAAGAAGAACUUUUCAAAGCUGCUGAUGAGAACGGAGAUGGCAUUGUCAGCCUGGAUGAGUUGGCUAUGCUUCUAGCUCUUCAACAAGAAAAGGAUCCACUUAUUAACUGUUGUCCUGUGUGUGGUGAAAUUCUUCAAGUCUCAGAUCGGUUGAAUACUGUGGUUCACUUGACUCUGUGUUUUGAUGAAGGCACUGGAAAUCAGGUUAUGACUGGAGGAUUCUUGACUGAUAAGCAGGCUUCAAAAGGGUGGAUGUUCAAAAUUAGUGAAUGGGCCCAUUUUUCAUCCUAUGAAGUUGGGUUGAGGUCUGGAUCAAGUGCUUCACAUAUUCUGGUUUUUGAUCGGCGAACAAAGCGACUAGUGGAGGAAAUAAUUGACUCCAAGAUUAUUUUAUCUAUGAGAGCCAUUUAUCAAUCUAAAGUAGGACUUGGCCUCAUGGACAAAGGGGCAAAAGAACUCUUGCAAAGCAUCUCAGAAAAGCAGGGCAGGAAAAUGGAAUGCACUGAAUCUGCCAAGAAUAUUCCAGAUUUUAUUAAUAUGUUUAAGGAUCAAAUAAAUCUGUCUGAAAUCAAAUACCCUUUGGAGCACUUUAAGACAUUCAAUGAAUUCUUUAUAAGAGAGUUAAAACCUGGUGCAAGGCCAAUUACCAGCAUCGAAUGUGACGAUGUUGCAGUAUGUGCCGCUGAUAGCCGGUUGACAGCAUUUGAAACUGCUUCAGAUGCCAUGAGAUUUUGGAUUAAGGGAAAAAAAUUUUCUAUACAAGGUCUUCUAGGGAGUGAAGUGUCCUCCAGUGCCUUCACUGAUGGUAGUCUAGUGAUAUUUCGGUUGGCACCACAGGAUUAUCAUCGAUUCCAUGUUCCUGUAUCUGGAACUAUUGAGAAAUUUGUGGAUAUACCUGGAUGCUUAUACACGGUUAACCCAAUUGCAGUGAAUAGCAAGUACUGUAAUGUGUUCACUGAAAAUAAGCGCGUCGUAUCUCUAAUAUCGACGAAAGAAUUUGGAAAGGUAGCAUUUGUUGCUAUUGGAGCAACGAUGGUUGGUAGUAUCACUUUUUCCAAAAAAGAGGGUGACUAUGUCAAGAAAGGAGAUGAGUUUGGAUAUUUCUCAUUUGGUGGAAGUACCGUCAUCUGCGUCUUUGAAAAGGAUACAAUCAAGAUAGAUGAGGACCUCUUGGAAAACAGUUCAAGAUCACUCGAGACCUUAGUCUCUGUUGGUAUGAAGCUGGGUGUCUCCAUUAAGAAAUGCUAGAGUACAGAGUUGCCAAAGUUCGCAACAAUUCUGAGAUGGGCAUGAAACUAACUCUAAAGCUUACAGAUGACUAGCAGUGCAUGUACGUUGUUUCCUAUUUGUUAUUUCUCAAACAGAUUGAUGGCUACCUAGUCGUCUUACCUGACUGGAUAUGAAGUUAUUGCCAAUAUAUGGUGUUCUCUGAGAGUGCAUAUAUGGAGAAAUUCUCUGUACAAUGUAUUGCUUUCUACAUUGCUGGUGCUGGUAUUACUUGUAAUAACAAUGUUCAAGAUAUUCAUUUUAAUGUCUUAUGGUCUAUUCGAAGAAUUAUUACAUUCUCGUCUUAA